AAGUGUAUCAUUUGUACCAAAGAGAAGACGGUCAGCCGUACUUAGGAAUGUUGUCUCCAGAGGAAUGGGGAGGUAAUCCGCCCCAUGACUUUGUUGGUUCGUACAAGUUAGAGUAUGACAUGACUUUCACCCCACUGGAAAAAGUUACUAAGCGACAGGAGGAGAUUAGCAGGGUGCACGAUCUGUUUGCAGAGAGACACGUGAUAUCUGAUGAUCCUCCCAAUAUAGACAUACAACGGCACACAAACCACAACAUAGACCCCACCAGAUACAUUAACAGACCUAGUAUCAAGCCUGCUAGCUCGUCUAACGAGAGAUGGCCAUUGAGGGGCUAGAUGGCCUGGUGGAUAGAUGAAUAUGUGACCACUAUUAGGGCCCGAGUGGUUAAAGCACUUUUUAUUCUCGUCUGAAGUUUGCUGCAUGAUACGGGGUGUUUUUACAGAUGUUUUAUGUACAGUUGGUUAUGUGCUAUAGCACAUCUCACAGACUCUGCUACUAAUUCAGUGACCGAAUUUAUUUUCUUAUAUUUAUAAUUUAUUCAAGUUGGUAGUUACAAGUUUGUAUUGAUUUUAAAUUAGUUCAACUAUGUUUUGAAAUAGUGCUGUUUUAUAUUGUCGCCUUUGUAACACAGAGUGUGUUGCAGUUGCUUAAGUUAAGUCGUUACAAUUUGCUCUAAAAUUUGUUUCGUUUGUGGCGUAUAUAAUAUAGUAUUAAUACUGAGAUUUAAUGAUUGUUGCGUUUUAACUAAAGAUGAAUUUAAAUUUAUAAACAUAAACAAUUUUCUGUUAUCUGAUAUAUUUUCAGAUUAAUUCAUGCACAGAGCCGCGUAUACAAAUGUCAGAUUAAUAUUAAAACUUAAAGAGAAUAUUUGAAAUUAUAUUUCGUGGCAUUGCAAAGCAUGAGAUAUAAUUUGGGAUUACUAUAUUAAGAAAGAGUUAAAUAAGAUAUAUCUUAUAUUUGACUAUUUAGUUAUUAAGUAUUCCAUAUUAUUUAUGUAGAAAUACGAACCCUCUUAUACUCAAUAUGGAAAUUAAAUUACAAGUAGCUUAUAUUAAGGUAUUUAGUGUAACCUAUAAAAAUAAAUGUUGAAAUAUGGACCCUCUGCAAAUGUAACGUUGUUAGUCAUAGUUUUAAAACUUUUUACUAUACCCUAA